GGGGCAGGGGGGAGCCCUUUAAGAGGACAGCCUGGAUCCCUGAGGUCUAUUCAGCUCCAGCGGACGCGAAGGACGCGCUUCCCCAGGACCGAUUGACCAAUCGCAGGCGGAAAAAUGAAGGCUCUGUGGGCGGCGUUGGUGGUCACGCUCCUGGCAGGAUGCCAGGCCGACGUGGAGCCGGACGCCGAGGUGCAGCUGGGGAACGAGUGGGCCGGGGGCCAGGCCAGCCAGCCCUGGGAGCAGGCCCUCAGCCGCUUCUGGGAUUACCUGCGCUGGGUGCAGACGCUGUCUGACCAGGUGCAGGAGGAGCUGCUGAGCCCCCAGGUCACCCAGGAACUGACGGUGCUGAUGGAGGACACCAUGAAGGAGGUUAAGGCCUACAAGGCGGAGCUGGAGGAGCAGCUGGGCCCCAUGGCCCAGGACACUCAGGCCCGGCUAUCCAAGGAGCUGCAGGCGGCCCAGGCGCGCCUGGGGGCGGACAUGGAGGACGUGCGCGGCCGCCUGGCGCAGUACCGCAGCGAGGUGCAGGCCAUGGUGGGCCAGAGCACAGACGAGCUGCUGGGCCGCCUCAGCUCCCACCUGCGCAAGCUACGCAAGCGGCUGCUCCGGGACGCCGAGGACCUGCAGAAGCGCCUGGCCGUGUACCGCGCCGGCGUCCAGGAGGGUGCCGAGCGCAGCGUGAACACCCUCCGCGAGCGCCUGGGGCCGCUGGUGGCGCAGGCGGCCACCGCGCGCUCCCUGGUCAGCAGGCCGCUGCAGGAGCGCGCCGAGGCCUGGGGCGAGCGGCUGCGCGGGCGGCUGGAGAAGGUGGGCACCGGGGCGGGGGACCGGCUGGACGAGGUGCGGGAGCAGGUGCAGGAGGUGCGGGCCAAGGUGGAGGAGCAGGCCGCCCAGAUGCGCCUGCAGGCCGAGGCCUUCCACGCCCGCCUCAAGAGCUGGUUUGAGCCCCUGGUGCAGGACAUGCAGCAGAAGUGGGCGGAGCUGGUGGAGAAGGUGCAGUCGGCUGUGGGCACCGGCCCCACCACCGAGCCAAGGGAGAAGCACUGAGCGCCCUGGCCGCUGCCUGGGGGGCCCCGGUCCCACUCCAUGCCUCCUGUCCCCGACCCAGCCUGCGGGAGGGGCCGUCCCUGCCUUGGCUGUCCUCCUGCUGGGCCCUAGAUGAAUAAAGAUGCCUCAAACUUCACAGCA